AUGGCAUAUCCACUUCCACUGAAGAUGAAGAAACCCGACAUGAAACCGUACGAUGGAUCGACUGAUCCGAUUGAUCACAUCAACUUGUAUGAAGGUUUGAUGGAGUUAAAUGCUGUAGGAGACGAAAUGAAGUGUCAGGCAUUCUCCGUCACUUUGAAGGGCCAAGCUCGAUCCUGGUACGGCAGGGUGGGAAAAGUCGCAAUUGAAACGAUGCCCAACACCCCUAGUCGCUUCUCAAGAGAAACUGUCGCAGCGGAGGGUUGUACUGAUCUCCCAGUCACUAUCGUAGAAAAUGACAACAAAGUUCGGAAGGUUACAGAGUUCGUUAUGGUGGAUGGGGCGACAUAUCAGCGAUUAGUUAACAUGAUGUUCAACAAACAGAUAGGUCGUAAUAUGGAGGUCUAUGUAAAUGACAUGCUAGUUAAAAGCCUUAUGACUAAACAACAUGUAGCUGACCUGACAGAAGCCUUUAGCAUGCUAAACCAUUAUCAGAUGAAGCUAAACCCAACAAAAUGUGUUUUUGGGGUUUCUUCACGGAAAUUCCUAGGAUUUAUGGUUAAUCACAGAGUACUAGAAGCAAACCCAGAUAAAAUUAAGGCGGUACUAGAGAUGGAGUCUCCUAAGAACUUGAAACAAUUGCAAUGCUUGAAUGGUCGAAUAGCCGCAUUGAAUCGAACAUCAAAUAAUGAGGCUGAAUACGAGGCACUAUUGGCUGGUCUCCGUUUAGCUCAAAGCAUGGGAGCAGAUUGUUUGUUGAUUUUAAGUGACUCUCGGCUUAUAGUCAACCAAGUAAUGGACUAG